AUGAGGUACAUUCACUCUCAGGAGAUCCUGGAAAUUCCAGAGGGCGUCAAGGUCAACAUCAAGACCCGUAUCGUCACCGUUGAGGGUCCCCGAGGCAAGCUCUCCAAGAACCUCGGUCACUUGGCUGUCAACUUCGGCCACCCCAAGAAGAACACCAUCUCCAUCGAGAUCCACCACGGCAACCGUAAAAAUGUCGCCACCCUCCGUACCGUCCGCUCCAUCAUCGAGAACUUGAUCACUGGUGUCACCAAGGGAUUCAAGUACAAGAUGCGAUACGUCUACGCCCAUUUCCCCAUCAACGUCAACCUGGACAAGAACAAGGAGACUGGUCUGUUCGAGGUCGAGAUCCGAAACUUCAUCGGCGAGAAGAUCGUCCGACGGGUUACCAUGCACGAGGGUGUCGAUGUUGAGAUCUCCAAGGCCCAGAAGGAUGAGCUCAUCCUGAGCGGCAACUCACUCGAGAACGUUUCCCAGAGCGCCGCAGAUAUCCAGCAGAUCUGCCGGGUGCGCAACAAGGAUAUCCGAAAGUUCUUGGACGGUCUGUACGUUUCCGAGAAGGGCAACGUUGUUGAGGAGGCUUAA